AUGCAAGCUUCGUCGUCAUCAUCCAACUCAACUCAUUCCACCACAGACAUGUAUUAUACCCAUGCUCUAUUCGGUCAUCCCUUAUUCGCACCCUCUGCUCUCCUUCGACACGGUGCCAAUAACUCUAUUGAAAACACCCCAGUUUACCAAAGUUCAGAAAAUCAGGGCCCGGGACCACCGUCCAGUUCACAUAUGCUUUCCGAUGAUUUCAUAGAGUUGGAUGUUCAUUCUGAAUCGGCUACAAAUUUGUCUUCUGAACCUGCCAACGACCACGAUUUACUUGAUGAUCCUCCCUCCUCACCAUCUCUCAAUCACCAGGGCACUUCCCUCAGCCCCCCUUCGCCACUUUCUUCGGAACGAUCUUAUGAUUUAUCUCACACAAUCCUGCCGCAGGCCGCUGGUACCAACGACACCGCUUCUCCAGCAGCUAGUGACCGUCUACGGGGCGAGUCAGGUCUCUCUGUGUCAUCCCCGAGCCUCGAUUUGCUUCCGCUCACGGAGUCGGAUAGGACCUGCUCCUCUUCUUCGCCACCUGCGAAUUCUAUGCACAACUCCCCAGAUUUCGUUGCUAGUGGCACGAACUCCCCCGAUUGUGAAGUUUUUCUUAUGAAGGAGUCUGAUCUGGCUCCAGGCAGCUCGAUGACAAGUACUAUCGUCAAUCUAUUGCGUGGAUGUGAUUUGCUGGACAGUUGUACUCUCGAGGAUCUGUGUGAUUACCUGCCCGCCCUUCGACGCAAAUAUCCCCCUCUUCCUACCUCCCUACUUUCGGUACCGCCUUCAACGGCUGCAAUCCGUCAGCAUAUUCAAAAGAAGUCGUCUAGUCUCCCAUCUCGUUUGUCUUCCUCCUUUUUAAUAGCUUCUAGCGCGCCUUUUCGUGGUGGCCGCCUAGUUGACUACCUGCUCACAUGUUCUCGUCUCGGCUCGACUGCGCUCCCCGAUUUUCUUCCAGUUGGUGACCGUAGUAGCAGCGGUUCUCCUCUGCUUCCUUUGGAUUGGCGACGAGGGCGUUCCGACGGGCUGGUGUGCCUUGUCGGUGGAUCCCGCCCUCUCUCUCCUCUCCUUUCGGGUCGAUUCAUCAGUGACUGGCAAAAAUCCCUACCUCCCGGUGUUAGGCGGGUUGAUUCGUUGGGUCAAUGGCUUGCGGAGUGGAUACGCGCCGGCGCUGUUAUAUUUUUAGCUCAAGUAGACUCGGCGAAAUGUCUGCAACCUCUGUCAGCGCGGUGUCGAAACAAUUGCAAUGGUGGGUGUUGUGAACUCACGUGGAGACAUCGACUGGUUUACGGCGUUACAGGAUACUCCCACAUCCACUUGUCGAACCCAGUGGAGACGGUACACGUGAAAUCCUUAUUAGCUGAAGUAAACAGAGAGACGAGUUUGUGCGUCCCCAAGUCAGAUUUGGUACAGCUAUGGCAUUCACUGUCGCGUGAAUCCUGUGACCUACCCUCAAGUCCGCUUGACCAUGACCUGUCACUUCUAGCCCAACAUGAGGACCCCCGUUGGAGCCGGUUCAAUAUCUUGGGUCAAGUGAUCUCGACCCUUCGUGAUCGUGACAGUUGUCUGGAGCGGCAUAAUCUCUCUCAAAUGUCUUCCGGCGAUGGAGUGCUCAGCAGUAGUUACCGCGCCUCGUUCACGCCAGCUGUCUACCACGAGAGCUUCAGCUCUGAGCCACAUCUUACCAUACCAUGUGCCCAAAGACCAGGCUUUAGUCUACAAACGGACCUUAAUCUUGGUCUUUCCUGUCUUAUUGCCGGUGAAACCCUAAUUCAGUCUUCUUCAACCUGUGAAGCAUCCCGCGUACCUUGCACUAUCUCUUGUAUCUCUCGGUUAGUCGAUCUGCGUCGUCUUAGACACCCACAUGUCGUGCGGUACAUCGAUGCUCAACAUGACAAAAACCGGCGUAUAUAUCUGGUCACGGAAUAUUACGCAUACAAUUUCAGUCAACUUAAACCUCCAGUUAAGACAUUCUCUGAUUUUGUCUGGCUCUUAAAGCGACUGCAGGAGUGUCUCUAUGCGCUCGAAUAUUUGGCUUCAUGUGGUCUUGUUCAUGGGUGCCUGAAUCCCUCUGCUCUCCUUAUCGACAAUCAUGGACGAGUAAAGAUGUCAGAUUGCGGUCUAUUUUAUGCAUCACGUUGGGGUGUAGAUUUCGAUUUUCCUGUGGUGGAUUUGCGCUAUUCUGCACCUGAAGUGAUUCUGAUUGCAGAAUCUGAUAUUCAGUUAGAGAUUUCUGCGUCGGUUGAACCGCCGUGCCCUAUCGAUUUGCGUUCUGAUCUCUGGUCUCUGGCACUCAUUUUCCUUGAACUGGUUCAUUUUCCCUUGCGAGCAUUCAGUCCGGAUUCAAUCUUACAAGCCCUAUUCAAGGCACUGAAUUCCGACACGUCUUUCUUCUAUUUAAUCCAUCCCAAAAAUGAAAUCCCAAUGCAAUUUAGUAAAUGGGUCGAAAUUUUUGACGGAAUUUGUCAGUCAUGCCUAAUCCUUGAUGCUCGAUAUCGACCGUCUCUAACUACUAUCCAUAGGCACUUUUCGCAAAUUUUCGAGCAGAUCCAAUCAGCCGAAUCUGAAAUAGAUAAUGAGAAUUUCUCGUUGGAGGGCGAACCGUCAGACGACUUGACAACAGCCGCCAAAUUUUUGCGGUCACGAGACGAUCCUGCUGAAAACUACUACUAUUGGCAACUCGCUGGGGGCGGUGUUGACCUGGCCACAACAUUCCUUAAAGGGGUCAGCGGCAAUGACUACCUCCAUAGUGGCCUUCGACCACCCAUUCUCCGACUACCUGUCUAUUUAACUAAUCCUUUGUCUGGGGAAAGAGCCAAAGGAGGCGGUACUCAGGAGAUCUGGCUACCUACCAAUCAACCUAUGAGAUUAAGAUUCUGUCCCAUGGUGGUACCCCUUGCAGCUGAACGCCUGCUUAAGCGUCUUUCCCUUGUUCCUGUCCAGUCUCUCUACCCUCUACUCUUUCCCCAUUCAUACUCUCUUCUGGGCGAUGGCGCAAGUAAUGGAGAGCCAAACGUGGUGGACAGUCUUGCUUUGAUUGGCACUGAGGACUGCUGGCGACGAGGAUCAUCACUAGGCACCAUAAGCCAUCUCCCCAAGCACGAACUGGGCGUUGAUUCGAGUGGCUCGAUAAUGUUUCAACCGGUGCUAGUAAAACAGGCCGACGUCGAAUACCAGAUAAUGCGAGUUUGUCUCUUCAGACGACUCCUUUUGGGGAUGCCAAGCACUGCAACCCGACUACUUAUUGAGGCGCGAUUUGAUAUUCCCCCCUUCCUACGAGCAGAGGUUUGGGCGGCUCUGUUGGGUGUCUCAUCUGGACUCCAGGAUGAUAGGACUCGGCGGAAAAUUUCAGCAGCCCUGUCCAUAGCUUCAGCUGAAAGGUCUCGAAUUUUGUUUCGAGCCGACGCACUAUCGGAACAAGUACUAAGUCAAAUAAAUGUUGAUUUGCCCCGCUGCCAUGCCUAUGAUCUCCUGAUUGGAUCGCCACUGGGACAACACCGUAUUCGUUCUGUCCUGGUCGCUGCAUUAGUUGCAAACGAUAAUCGUUAUGAAUAUACGCAGGGUAUGGACUCUCUGGCGGCUGUCUUUACCAGGUUAUUCUUCUCCGACCCCGAACUAGCAACUUGUUGUCUUUCGAACCUCCUUGCCUCACGUCUUGCUGGAUUUUUUUCGCGGCGUCGUUUCACCUCCGGACUUCAAGCAUACUUCUCCCUUCUGCUGCGUCUCCUGGCCUUCCACGUGCCCUCUGUGGCCUCGCACUUUGCGCACCUCGCUGUCCCCCUCACCGGCCUCACUGCUGGCUGGAUCUACACCCUCUUUGCUCACUCCAUGCCUCUGGAUAGAACUGAGAUACUCUGGGACAGUCUGCUUGCUGCUCCGCCCGCUCUCCUCAUGUUUGUAUAUGUUGCAAUUUUCCAUCAAGUCAACCAACAGUGCCGUUUAAAGCAGCUCAAGGUCGCUCUUCUUUUGAAGUCCCUUAAUCAGGAAAACAUAUGCACCCUGCUGUCCAACUUUCCUGACUUCAACCUCGACCGAUGUCUGGAUGAUGCACUCGUCUUUGCUGCCGACACUCCUGCCAGUUUGACAAAUCAGGCUGAUCAAGCCACGCCAGUGACCUGGCUGGACACUAUUUCUCACUCGCUAAAUGUGUUCAAUAAGACGCACAAUCGGAUAAUUUCCUAUUGUCGCCCUGUCUCAACUGAAUCAGCGUCAACUGUUCAAAAUCGUCGGUAUUGCGUGUGGCCGGUGCAACUGGAUGCAGCGUGGGCAGAGACAGAAAAAGAAAACUCUAGUAGUGGUGAUGACCAUCUCCCAUCGGCUGCAUCAUUUAACCAAGGAGAUGUGGAUUACAGGACCUCGAAUUCCAGCCUUGUGCCUCUUAUUUCUCCAGAGGAUGCGCUUCAGCGUUUAUCUCGAACUGACUGUGUCAUUGUCGACGUGAGGAGCAAAGAAGAAUACGCGAGUAGACGUUUUGUGCAGUCGAUUCACUGCCCUAAUCCAACUCCCAACGAAGUCGACUCUUUACUGCAAAUAACCGGUGCUCAUGCGUGGCGCGAAGCUACAGCUGCACGCACUCCCACUACAAUCCACUCGCCUCCAACAUCUCCGGGCUUGGUGAUGCUCCUACACAGCGGCGGCUCUGUCAGUGAACGCAACGAAACGGCCUACCAACUGGGUUGUCUCCUCAUCGAUCAGGGCAUCGAUCGCGUCUGUCUUAUCAGGGGGGGUGCGGAGGCUCUUUUUAGGCAUCCCCGAAUCACCGAAUCCCUCCUUUCUGUCGGUGUUUAG